AGAAUCGAUUCCUCUGUAGAUAAAAUGUUUUCUCGUUAAAAUAACAGAUGUCCUAUGGACCUGGUUUAAACUGCGAUUAACCUGACCUAAUCAGACUUUAACUUCGGGUGUGACCUGAGCGUAGUCUGCCUGGCCAAGAUAAGAUAUUUUUAAUUCCUCAGGUGAGCGAUGUUUCCCAUGGGCCUCUCAUUGUUUGGUUUGUAUAUUUUUCUCUGUCAUCUAAUUCUCAUUAUUUUAGAUUUGAUAUAUAUUUGUAUGAAACAAUAUGAGCAUCAUGAUCUGUAUGACGUUGUGCCGCGUCGUAAAUACCUAUCGGGUUUUUUUCCAAAUAGAGAUCGGGAUCGAAGUUGUAAAUAAUAAAAACCAAUGGCGGCAAUUAUGGACGAAUUCGACGACGAGGACGAUGAUUUGUUGGCAUCUUUCAUCGAAGAGGUGGAGGGAGUCCAACAAUUGGAGUUGCUUGAUUUUCCCUUUCCUUUCAAACCUUAUGAUGUCCAGAAAAAGUUCAUGGAGAAUCUGUACCUCUGUUUAGAGAAGGGACAAGUUGGGAUAUUUGAGAGCCCUACAGGGACAGGCAAGUCCCUCAGUCUCAUCUGUGGGGCCCUUAAAUGGCUGAAGGAAUACCAGGAAAAACAAAAGAAAGAGCUAGAAGAAUUGAUAGCAGAAGAGAAAACCAGCAGUUCAGAGGGAGCCUCUGGUGAAAUGGAUUGGAUUGCAGCAUUUGUUGAAAAGAAGGAAAAACAAGAAAGUGUUGAAAGAGCAAAAGAGAAAUGGAAAGAAUUAGAAAAACAGGAGUCAAAGUUAUUGGAGAUUAAAAAACAAAAGCAGAACAGGAAACGAAAGCGUGACAAGUCAGAGGAUGAGUUUGAGAAACUAUUGAAGGAUGCUCAGACUGUCAACAAAGAUCAGGAGGUCAAAGGUGAAGGUCAAGAGGAGAGUCAGGUCGAUGAAGAUUUGGUUCCCGAGGAUUAUCAUAGUGAUGAUGAGGUCAGAAAGGAAGAGGAGUCUGAUGAAGAGGUAGUAAGUGAUGAAGGGAGUCAUGUGACCAAGAUUUACUAUUGCAGUCGAACCCAUUCCCAGCUAGCUCAGUUUGUGCGUGAAAUUAUCAAAAGUCCAUAUGGCUCCAAUACCAGGGUGUUAUCUUUGGGAUCUCGGCAAAAUCUGUGUGUGAAUGAUGCAGUCAGGAAACUGAAUUCUCUGUCCCUGAUGAAUGAUAUGUGUCUGGAUUUACAGAAGAAUAAAAGCAAAGGGACUGAAAAAAAGGAGAGUGAUGAAGCAGUACAGAAGAAAAGAAAGAAAUUAGGCAGUAAUGGUUGUCCAUUUUACAAACAAGAGACAAUGGAAGACCUUGGAAAUCAGAUUUUAACAGAAGUAACCGACAUGGAGCAGAUUGUCAUAUCAGGUCGAAGAAUGAAAGCAUGUCCCUAUUAUACCUCAAGGUUGUCUCUCCCUCUGGCUGAGGUGGUUGUUUUGCCUUACAACAUACUCCUACACAAGGCGAUGAGAGAGGCCAGUGGUAUCCGUCUUGAGGGAAACAUCGUCCUGAUUGACGAAGCUCACAACCUGCUGGAGACGAUAAACGCAGUGUACAGUGUGAUGAUAACCGGGGCCCAGCUCUCUAAAGCACACAGCCAACUCUCUCAGUACGAACAAAGAUUUCGAUCUCGAUUAAAAGCCAAGAAUCUACUGUAUGUCAAGCAGAUUUUGUUUGUGCUGAACUGCUUGCUGCGGUUCCUUGAGGGCAGAACUGAUAACAAGAAACAGAGAUCGGAGAAAUCGGAGAGCAAAGUGUUGACGGUGAACCAGUUCCUAUCUGACAGUGGAUUUGACAACAUCAACCUGUUCAAGAUUUUACAGUACUGUAGAAAGAGCCAAAUAUCCAAAAAGUUAAACGGAUUUGUGGAAAAGUAUGCAAACUGUGAGGUCAAGAUAGCAGACAAACCAAAGGAAAAUGUGGGAAUCUCUGGGUUUCUGAAAGAGAUUGCACAAACCAAAGAAAAUCUUGUGGAGGAGACUCAAACGACAGACAACACUAGACAAUCUGAAAAAGCUGUAGUCUUGAGAUCACCCUUGGCCCACAUUGAGGGCUUCUUUGCCUCUUUGACAAGCGCAGAUAAGGAUGGGAGGAUUGUUUUAACUAGGCAUACAUUACUAAAGGAGAGCACUUUAAAGUUCUUGCAGAUGAACCCUGCAGUUCAUUUCAAAGAUGUUUUGAGCCAGGCAAGGUCUGUAGUAGUGGCUGGGGGGACCAUGCAACCUGUAGAGGAAUUCAAGCAGCAACUGUUUUAUGCAGCUGGCAUUGGGCCAGAGAACAUUCAUGAAUAUUCAUGUGGUCAUGUGAUACCAUCAGAUCAUCUGUUGGCUCUGGCCAUGAAGUCUGGGCCUUUGGGUGUUGACUUUGACUUUACAUUUUCUUCACGAGAAAAUUCUGCUUUAUUAAAUGAACUGGGCCUGGUAAUAAGUAAUGUGUGCAAUAUUAUCCCUGGCGGGGUUGUCUGUUUCUUUCCGUCUUACAAAUACCAGCAUCUUGUCUACCAGCAUUGGAACAAAUCAGGCAUUCUAGCCAAGCUGGAGAAGAAGAAGAAAAUAUUUCAGGAACCAAAGUUGUCCUCGCAGGUAGAGCAGGUUUUAGGAGAAUACUCGAAGUCCAUACAGAAAGGCGUCAAAGGUACAGGGGCCAUCUUGCUGUGUGUUGUGGGAGGAAAGAUGAGUGAAGGAAUCAACUUCUCUGAUGAUCUUGGCCGAUGUGUCAUCAUGGUGGGAAUGCCUUAUCCGAACAUAAUGUCCCCAGAACUACAGGAAAAAAUGCAGUAUUUGAAUAGCAAUUUUCCUAAGGACAAAGACGGCCAUCUCCCAGGGCAGAUUCACUAUGAGAACCUGUGUAUGAAGGCUGUGAAUCAGUCCAUUGGCCGGGCUAUCCGCCACAGCCAGGAUUAUGCCACCAUUUUGUUGCUGGACAAGAGGUACUGUCGGGAAAGUGUCAGGUCCAAACUCCCAACCUGGAUUGCCAAAGAUCUGCAACGGAUGGAUAAAUAUGGACCCUCGAUGGCAGCCAUUUCUAAAUUCUUUCAGAGAAAGUGCUCCAAUAAUCCUGUUUAAUUAAUUGUAACAUACUGGCUUUCAGUUAAGGUACUGAAGGUAGCUUCUUCUGUAUAUUCAGCUGCUGUUUUAUUUAUGGUUAUUGAAUGUCAGUUAUCUCAGUGUUUUAUUAUGGAUUCUAUGUUAUUAAAAGCUAUUUCAAUUCAUUGGUUUUUAAGCAUAAAGAUACCAUAGUGAAAGUAAUGUGCAUUGAUAUUUUCAGCAAGAUA